UUCAGGUUUCGAAAAAUGUCGUCAAACGGCGGACCUUCUCUGUGUCUCUCUGGCGACGACAAAAUUGGGUCGAAGGUUAAAAAAAUAAAAAUGGAAAAGAAAAGAAAAAAGGAAACGACGAAACCUCAGUACAUGUUAACGGCUGUAACUCAUGGGGCGCACGUUAGCAACUCCCGGUGCGCCCUACACCGUCUGUGUCCGCUACGGUUCUUCUCUUUCUCUCAAUAUUCUCUAACCCCCUUAUCCUACGCACCCCUCUUUCCUUCCUCGUCAUUCUCCCCUCUUAUCCUCUAGGGCUCUGCUUUACUCCUAUUUCGCUUCGUAUUUUUUCUUUUUCCUAGCAUUCAAUUCUCCAUGCUAUUCGCAUACCUAGGGUUUAGUUCAUCAGGGUUAUCUUUGCCGUCUCUUCGCGUCGUUACUCAUGGACCCGGGGAGGAGGCAACCGAAGGAUUCGUUAUCAUAUUCGAAUCUUUUCAAUCUUGAGUCUUUGAUGAACUUCAAGGUUCCACAACCAGAUGAUGAUUUUGAUUAUUACGGGAAUAGUAGUCAGGAUGAGAGCAGAGGUAGCCAAGGUGUAAACCAUGUCAAUGGCUCUACUUCAGAAAGGGAAUUGAGCUUGGCAAAGAGAAAGUGGUGGUCUCACGGAAGUGACGUGGAGGACGAGGUUGGUGAUUACAGGACUCACAUCACAGAAGAGAGAUAUCGAUCAAUGCUUGGAGAGCACAUACAGAAAUACAAGAGGAGGUUUAGGGACUCCUCUUCUACUCCUGCUCCAGUUCGGGUUGGGAUCCCAGUUUCCAAGAGCAACUUGGGUGGUUCAAAAUCUGGGAGAUUAGGGAAUGAGCAGCGAGGAGGAUUCCAGGACAUUGAACCUGAUUGGCUCAAUGAUUUUAGUUCUCAGAAACCUGGAAACUAUCUUGAAGCAGAUGUUACACCAAAACUGAUGUAUGAACCUGCUUAUUUGGAUAUUGGAGAGGGUAUCACUUACAAGAUCCCUCCAAGUUAUGACAAGCUUGCAGUGUCAUUGAACUUGCCAAGCUUCUCAGAUAUUAGGGUGGAGGAGUUUUACUUAAAAAGUACUUUAGAUUUGGGGUCCUUGGCAACAAUGAUGGCGGGUGAUAAAAGGUUUGGACCAAGAAGCCGAGCAGGGAUGGGAGAGCCCCGACCCCAAUAUGAAUCUCUUCAGGCAAGAUUGAAGGCCUUGGCGGCUUCCAAUUCAGCUGCAAAGUUCAGUCUCAAGGUGUCAGAUGUUGGUUUAAACUCUUCGAUCCCAGAAGGGGCUGCUGGAAAUAUACAGCGGUCUAUUCUGUCAGAGGGUGGUGUAUUGCAGGUUUACUAUGUUAAGGUUUUGGAGAAAGGAGAUACAUAUGAGAUAAUUGAAAGAAGUUUACCCAAGAAGCAAAAGGUGAAGAAAGACCCUUCUGUUAUUGAGAAAGAGGAAAUGGAGAAAAUUGGGAAAGUUUGGGUUAACAUUGUCAGGAGAGACCUACCAAAGCAUCAUAGAAUUUUCACUACUUUUCACCGAAAGCAAAUAAUCGAUGCUAAGAGAUUCUCAGAAAAUUGUCAAAGAGAGGUAAAACUGAAGGUUAGCAGAUCACUUAAGUUCAUGAGGGGUUCUUCAAUUCGCACUAGGAAAUUGGCUAGAGACAUGCUGUUGUAUUGGAAGCGAGUUGACAAGGAGAUGGCAGAAGUGAAGAAAAAAGAGGAAAGAGAAGCUGCUGAAGCAUUGAGGCGUGAACAGGAGCUUCGAGAAGCAAAGAGACAGCAGCAAAGACUCAAUUUUCUCAUACAACAAACAGAACUUUACAGUCAUUUUAUGCAGAACAAGGCAAAUUCACAGCCUUUGGAACCCAUGUCAGUUGGAGAUGAAAAACCAGGCAGCCAAGAAAUGCUUUUGAGCCCUUCUGAUGCCGAGCCUAGUGAACAAGAAGAUCCUGAGGAGGCUGAACUGAAAAAAGAGGCUCUGAAAGCUGCCCAAAAUGCAGUCUCUAAGCAAAAAAAGUUAACUAGUGCUUUUGAUACUGAAUGCUUGAGGCUACGCCAAGCUGCUGAGACUGAUGCCUCUUCAAAUGAUAUCUCAGUAGCUGGGUCAAGCAACAUAGAUCUUCAUAAUCCCUCCACCAUGCCUGUAACAUCAACAGUUCAGUCACCAGAGUUGUUCAAAGGUUCCCUCAAAGAAUAUCAACUAAAGGGCCUCCAGUGGCUGGUUAAUUGUUAUGAGCAGGGUCUGAAUGGUAUACUAGCUGAUGAGAUGGGCCUUGGGAAGACUAUUCAAGCAAUGGCAUUCUUGGCACAUUUGGCUGAGGAGAAAAAUAUAUGGGGGCCUUUUCUGGUUGUUGCACCUGCUUCGGUCUUGAAUAACUGGGCUGACGAAGUCAAACGAUUCUGCCCUGACCUGAAAACUCUUCCAUAUUGGGGUGGGCUUCAGGAGCGGAUGAUAUUGAGGAAGAACAUCAAUCCAAAGCGUCUUUAUCGAAGGGAGGCUGCAUUUCAUAUUCUUAUCACCAGCUAUCAACUACUAGUUUCUGACGAGAAGUAUUUUCGGCGUGUGAAAUGGCAAUAUAUGGUUUUAGAUGAAGCUCAAGCAAUCAAAAGUUCUAACAGGUUUCCAUCUUAUCUUUAAAGCCGUAGAGGGAAUCAAGCUAAUGAGUUUUUUUUUUCCUUUUCCUUUUUCGGGAUGAAGACCUUUUUUACUUAUGAUUUUUUUGUUGAACACAUCAGGAUUGAGAACCAUGCAGAACAUGGAGGUACUUUGAAUGAGCACCAGCUUAACAGACUGCAUGCAAUUCUAAAGCCUUUUAUGCUACGGCGAGUGAAAAAAGAUGUAAUUUCUGAGCUGACAAAGAAAACUGAGGUCACUGUGCACUGCCAGCUGAGUUCUCGUCAGCAUGCGUUCUAUCAAGCUAUUAAAAACAAGAUAUCUUUGGCAGAGUUGUUUGACAGCAACCGUGGGCAUCUUAAUGACAAGAAAAUUUUAAAUUUAAUGAACAUUGUUAUUCAAUUAAGGAAGGUUUGCAACCAUCCAGAAUUGUUUGAAAGGAAUGAGGGAAGCACGUAUCUCUACUUUGGGGAGAUUUCAAAUUCCCUCCUUCCUCCUCCCUUUGGAGAGUUGGAAGAUAUAUACUAUGCAGGAGGUCACAAUCCAAUAACUUACAUGAUACCUAAACUAGUCCACCAGGAGGUCCUCCAAAGUUCUGAACUACUUUGUACUACCACUGGGCGUGGAGUAUGCAGAGAAUCUUUUCUGAAACGUUUUAAUAUAUUUUCCCCCUGUAAUGUUUAUCAAUCAAUAGUUCCACCUGAGAAUAGGUCAGAUGAUUUGUCAAUUAGAAGUGGUUCGUUUGGUUUUACUCAUUUAAUAGAUUUGUCUCCCAAAGAAGUUGGAUUUUUGGCAACUUCUUCCUUUAUGGAGAAGCUUUUAUUUUCUAUUUUGAGAUGGGGCCACCAAUUUUUGGAUGGAAUGUUGGACUCACUUAUCGAUGCAAUUGAUGAUAACCUUCAAUCCGACAACAUUGAGAGGGGAAAAAUAAGAGCUGUCACAAGAAUGUUGUUGAUGCCAUCAAGAUCUGAAACCAAUUCUCUUAGAAGGAAAUUGGCCACGGGUCCUGGUGAUUCUCCAUUUGAGGCUCUGGUUAUGUCUGAUCAGGAUAGGCUUCUAUCAAAUAUCAAGCUUCUUCAUUCAACAUAUACAUUCAUCCCAAGAGCUAGAGCUCCCCCGAUAAAUGCUCAAUGCUCGGACAGAAACUUCAUGUACAAAAUGAUUGAAGAGUUACAUCAUCCAUGGAUCAAAAGAUUACUGAUUGGAUUUGCACGCACAUCUGAACAUAAUGGGCCCAGAAAGCCGGAUAUUUCACCUCAUCAUUUAAUUCAAGAGAUUGAUUCUGAACUACCCGUUUCACAACCUGCUCUUCAGUUAACAUACAACAUAUUUGGGUCUUGUCCGCCCAUGCAAAGCUUUGACCCGUCAAAGCUGUUAUUGGAUUUUUGGAAAUUUCUAAUACUUGAUAUUUGUUAAAAACUCUUGUUAUUUUAUAUUCAUUUUGUACUCUUAUUUGCACAAAUGACAAAAAUGCUGAAUAUUCUUGAGGACUACAUGAACUAUAGAAAGUAUAGGUAUCUUCGACUUGAUGGGUCCUCCACCAUAAUGGAUCGUCGAGACAUGGUUAGAGACUUCCAGCUUCGGAAUGAUAUUUUUGUCUUCUUGCUUAGUACCAGAGCUGGUGGACUGGGUAUUAACUUGACAGCUGCUGAUACUGUCAUCUUUUAUGAAAAUGAUUGGAACCCAACCCUGGAUUUACAGGCAAUGGAUAGAGCUCAUCGGCUGGGUCAGACAAAGGAUGUUACUGUCUACCGACUUAUUUGCAAAGAAACUGUUGAAGAGAAAAUCCUGCAAAGAGCUAGUCAGAAAAACACCGUCCAGCAGCUUGUUAUGACAGGUGGUCAUGUUCAAGGUGAUCUGUUGGCCCCUGAGGAUGUUGUGUCAUUACUUCUUGAUGAUGCACAGUUGGAACAGAAGCUGAAAGAAAUUCCCCUACAGAAUAAAGAGAGACAAAAGAAAAAACAGCCAGCAAGAGGUAUACGGUUAGAUGCAGAAGGUGAUGCCUCUUUGGAAGAUUUGACAAACAGUGAAGCUCAGGAAACCAGAAAUGAUACAUCUCCGGAUCCAGAAAAAGCAAAAUCAAGUAAUAAAAAGAGGAAAUCUGUUUCAGAAAAGCAAACUGCUGGCAAGUCAAGGAAUCCUCAGAUGAUAAGUGAAACGAACUCCAUUGACAACGAGUUGAAUGACCUUCAAAAUACCGAGAUGCCAAAACCAAAAAGGCCUAAAAGGCAGAAGAAGAGUGUAAAUGAAAAUCUCGAACCAGCAUUCACUGCAACACCUACUGUGGCUCCAGAGAAUAGCCCACAUCCACCUCCACAUGAGUUUGGUUAUGGCAGUUCCAGAUCAGCGGCUGAACAAAACCUUUCAAUGUCUGGCAACACAUAAGUUAGCAGUAGCAUCACAGGCUCUGUCCCAUUUGAUUAAGCUGCUUCCAAGUCUUUGCUUGAUGAGCAGCUGCAGAUGUCAUUUGAUUUGGAUGGCAGGUCAUUUUAAGUUUUGCCUGCCUCUGUCAUGUUUGUUAGUUAGGUCACGGAGCCAUAUAGCGGGGCGGGGCAGCCAAGCUUAAGUUGUAUAGUUAUGUAAAUGCCUUAAUUUUUUUUUUUUUUUUUUUUUUAUAUAUAUAAAUAUUUUGGUUAACUACUCAUGAAAACUAUUGGUCAUGUAUGGGCUAAAGUCACCCAUCCUCUUAUGCAGAAUAGAGUACAUAUGGUAUUAGAAUCUCCUUUAUCUUGUAAUUAAUCUAACACAUGAAGAAAAUGUGUUAGGAAGUUUCUCUGGGACUUCUAUUAUCAACAAAAAACCGAGGGGAACUGUUCAGAACCCCUCCCUCAUUGUCUGGAGCAA